UUUUUUAUUUUUUAUCAAGCAGCCCUAGAAUGGACCACAACUACCACAACCCGGGGCAGCAAGGCAACAACGUCUCCAGGAGACAAGAUGUAGACUCCGUCUUGGUUACCACAGAUGUGCAGAAACAAAGCGGAAGAGGGGGACUUGGAUGCCAUAGCUGUCAGCAUUGUGACAAGUCCUUUAAAACAGCUACAAAUUUAAAGAUUCAUCAAAGAGUUCACACUGGAGAAAAACCAUACAGCUGUGGCCAGUGUGGGAGAUCUUUUUCUUCUAGUAAUACCCUUAAAAACCAUCGACGCAUACACACUGGAGAAAAACCAUACAGCUGUGAACAAUGUGGGCGAUCUUUCUCUUCUAAGACUACUCUAAACAACCAUCGACGCAUUCACACUGGAGAGAAACCAUACAGCUGUGACCAGUGCAAGAGACGUUUUUCUCGGAGCGGUCACCUUAAAGGCCACCAACGCGUUCACACAAGAGAGAAACUUACUCUAAACGUAAAGUACUGGUGUGACCAGUGUGGGGCCGCAUUCACAAGUUUAGGUAGCUUCACAAUUCAUCACCGCAUUCACACCGGAGAGAAACCGUACAGCUGUGACCAAUGUGACGCAGUUUUCAGAGUAUUGGGUAGCUUCAAAAUGCAUCAACGCACACACACAGGAGAGAAGCCUUACAGCUGUGACCAAUGCGGUGCGGUUUUUGCGCAAUUGGGUAACUUGAAAAGCCAUAAACGCAGUCACACAGGGGAGAAACCGUACAGAUGCAUCCAAUGUGGCGCAGCUUUUGCACGGUCUGACUCUUUCAAAAUCCAUCAACGCAUUCACACUGGAGAUAAACCUUACAGCUGUGACCAAUGUGAUGCAGCUUUUGUCCAGUUAAAUCACUUGAAAGUCCAUCAACGCAUUCAUACCGGAGAGAAACCCUACAAAUGUAAACUAUGUGACAAAUGUUUCACCAAUCAAAGUAACCUAAAAUCCCACCAACGUGUUCACUCUGCAAAGAAAUGAGCUGCCAGUUGCCGACGAUCAAAUUGGUUUCUUAUUGGUUGGUAUUUGAAAUAUAUACAUUUUGAUACUUUGUUAGUUUUGGAAAAGUGACAGUUAACAAUAAAUAUUUUUCUUAAAUAUGAGUUUGUUUUGUUUUUUAAAGUCUUACUACUAACAUCAACUGGUGGUUAACGGAUCAUAGAUCCGUGGUUCGUAUGGGUCUACACUCAGGGAAUGCAUGCAAUCAAUUGCAAAGUUUAAUAGAUUAAUAAUAUUUUUUACUGUUGCUGUUACUUGAAUUGGCUGAUAAAUUUCUAUGAAGGGUUUCCGUGAAAAAGAUGCAGGCAACGCAAUGUUCUGUUCAUGUGAAGAUCACAUGUUAAAGUCCGGUGCUAAUACAUACCACUUUCUCA